AUGGGCAAUAAGCUGUCUUGCAGUUGUGCUCCUCUUAUCAGAAAGGCGUAUCGUUACGAAGAUUCACCAUGGCAGGCUGGCGCGAGGGGCGGAAUGAGCGUCAGCGGAGGUCGCAGGGGUGACACUGGCCACUUGCUCAGGUGCGGAAGCUUAAGAGAAAGGAAGAGACUAUGGGCCGAAGUAUUCCACGUAAGCGCCAGUGGGGCUGGAACCGUAAAGUGGCAGCAGGUCUCCGAAGAUUUAGUUCCUGUAAAUAUCACGUGCAUUCAAGAUUCGCCAGAAUGCAUUUUCCACAUUACCGCGUACAACAGUCAGGUCGACAAAAUUUUAGACGUUCGACUGGUUCAACCGGGAACACGUAUCGGACAAGCGUCAGAUUGUUUCGUCUAUUGGAAAGAUACGAUGACCAACGAUACAUGGGGAUUGAAUUUCACAUCUCCGAUAGAUGCUAAACAAUUCAGAGAAUGUUGCUCACCGUCGUUGAAGAUUUCAAGGAAAGCGUCCUCUUCUUACUCGUUGAAGCUCGAACCACCUAACAAACAAAAGAUCAAACCACGGAGAAAACCGUUGUCGACACCGGCAUCACCGAGUAGAUCCAGGGAGCCGCAAUGCACAUGCAUGACUCCGGAACAGCUCGCCCGAUUUCGAAAUCAAGAAGUGAAAUUCCGAGGAUUCUGCGGUACCGCGACGCUUCCGCGGACAAUGGCACGCUCGACGGAAAUGGAAAUGACACCAGGUCGUGACAAAAUAACAGCGGCAACGUCCAGCGCGUCUCUCUACGAUAACGUGAACAACGCGACGAACGUGAACGUAACGCCGGGUAAAACAUCGAAAACCGGCGGCGGCGGUGAAUCGAAGCAGCAAAAGGAGAAACAGAACGAAACCUGUCAGACAACACCAAAGACGGCGAACGUGGGCAUCGAGACGGUCACCGUUGGAUCACAGAUCGACAGCCCGGAGGAGAAAGGUCUCGCCUCGGUCUCACCUUCGAAGAAAUCACAGAAACAAAGCCAAGACACGUCUACCCAACAGAACGCCGGUGAAAUGUUGAAAUCAGAGGGUACACAGGCCGGUGGCACGUUACAGAACAAAUGCUUGCGAAAGGAGCAAUUACAUCAUACGAAGUCGGCCGAUUACACAGACCUGGAGAUGCAAAAUGGGAAUAUAUUCAAUAUAGUGAAUAACAAUCACAGCGGGAAGAAAUCAAAGAGCAAGAGCACGGAUGACAUGAGGAUCGAGAAUGCGCAAAACGGUGGGAUUAGCUUAGAUUCGAAUACUCUGAAACGAAUGCUGAAACCUAUGUCGAGUAUCGAUAGUCCCGUUACAUCACCCGAAAUGACCAGAAAGAGGCAUAACCAUCAUAGUUAUCAUUAUCAUCCGAGCAAUAAUAAUCAGAAGUACGUUAUGCAAGAAGCUGAAAAUGAAAAUUACGCGCAUCCAUAUCGAGCACCGUAUAAUAACAAGUUCCAGGCAUCUAGAAACGUACACAACAUUGGACGCCAAUAUACCACCGGCGGCAGAGGCAGGACCUAUUUAGAUUCGGAACGUAAUCGGUGCACAGGUGAUAUGUCGCCGCCAUCGGAUAAUGUCAUCUUUGACAAUCAGUGCUACGCUACUACGCCGAGUUCGUCGAAUGGAAACUCGGAUAUGGAACAACAACCGAUUCACUGCAAUUCCCGUCAUUGUAACGGCGGCCAGACAUAUCAGCAACAACAAAACAUGCAAUCCAUUUCAACACCCGGCAGUCCUACCAGCAGACUUCUUCUCGAGUACGAGAUGCAUUUGAGGAACACGUUGGCCAAGGGUAUGGACGCUGAGAGCUACAGUUUGCGUACAUUCGAGGCAUUGUUAACGAAAAGUAUGGAAAAUUUGGAAUUUGCGGAAAAUAUACCGCUAAACGUACAACGCACACCUCACGUUUCACGAACACGUGCUGGUCCGAAUAAAUCGUCUACAUUACCGCUAUCGUAUCGUUAUUGCAACGAAAGGCAGAGCAGCAAGGACAGAGACGGCUACUAUAGCGAUCGUAAUGAAAUAAUAAGAGAGAAAAGGGACAGAGAAGAUCGAGACCGUGGAUAUCUCAGCGAUUAUAAUUCCAGAUGUGCCAGCUGCGUUGGUGAAUCUGCACGCGCACAAUGGUUUCGACAUUCCGACGGAUGGCAAUCUGGUAGUUCGACACUUGGCUCUGGUGCUUCGAGUUUGAUGAAUCCCAAUUACUCGGGGCAUAAACGCGAGUCCCCGUGGGAUUCCCUGCCGUCGUUGAGACACGAGGGCAGCCUAAACGAUAGCGGAUACAAAUCGAAUCGAACCGAUUCUUUGGAACAAAGGGGCACGUUUGAUAGACAGGACAGCGUCAGAUCAGAUUAUAUGUCCGACAGAGAUGGAAGGUAUGGAAUCGUUCAACAAGCAUCUCUGGAGAGCACAGACUCGAGACUUUGCUACUUAACAUCCUCAGAGAUGUCCGACGACGACAGAAUGUCGUUAACUACUGCUGUCAGCGACGACGACGAUGGCGAGAGUGUGAUAAAUUCACCGUACCGGGGAAAACAGACUGGCACGGCUGCAGCCUCGUUCAAUUGCACAGGAGCGGUACGAAAAGCUGGAUUUCUGAGCGUGAAGAAAUGGCUAUUACGGAAGAAGCAUCAGAUCGAGCUCGCGAGGAAGAGGGGAUGGAAAGGUUAUUGGGUUUGCCUGAAAGGGACCACCCUUCUCUUCUACCCUUGCGAUUCGCAAGAGAGCAGAGCUAUGGAAGCGGCGCCGAAACAUUUGAUCAUCGUCGAUGGUGCGAUAAUGCAACCGAUCCCCGAACAUCCGAAACGGGAUUAUAUAUUUUGCUUGAGCACCGCAUUCGGCGACGCUUAUUUGUUCCAAGCUCCGUGUCAAGUGGAACUGGAGAAUUGGGUGAACAGCAUACAUUCGGCUUGUGCCGCUGCGUUUGCACGUCAUCGUGGUAAAACUGGAACGCUUCAUUUGCUCCAAGAGGAGAUCUUUCGUUUGGAGAAGGCUAUAGAAUCGGAUCACAAACUAAAGCAUAUGGCUGAUCUUCAACAGUCUGUCGCGUCUGACGUGGAGACAAAACAGCAGAUCAACAAUCAAAUUAUUCAAUGGGAGGAGAACUUGGAGCGACUUCAUUGCGAACAAUUCCGUCUCAGAUGUUACAUGGCUAGUUUACAAAGUGGCGAAUUACCCAAUCCAAAGAGUUUAUUGACACACGUGUCACGUGCCACGAAACAAACGUUGAACAAAUUAGGAGUGUUCACGGUCUCCUCGUUUCACGCUUUUAUAUGCGCACGGAGUCCUUCGUUGUUGAACAAUCUACUGGCAGGUCGCGGCGCUACAAAGAGAAGACCACCGUUACUAUCGAGAUCCAACAGUGCAUCAAGCAGAAGAUCUCUCCAAAUUUCAUCGAGAGAUGACGAGAAAACCGUGAAAGUUUGCGUACCGGAAAAUCAGCUGGUGGCCGUAUUUUUACGCGACGCUAUGACGGUAGAGGAAUUCCUCGCGAGUGCUUGCAACAGGAAAAAUCUAAAUCCGAUGGAGCACUUUGUCCGCGUGAAGAAACGCCGCGACAUGGAAGAUCACAACUACUUCGUGCCACAUAGAACCGACUUGAUAGACACUUAUUUGCACACGCACGAAAUCGUCGAAGUUUGUGCCAAAAUCUUGUAUCAGGUGGAAUUACAGAGGCAUACUCUCGAGCAAAUGUGGGGCUUCUCGGUGGAAGCGGAAUUAAUCGAAAACUCCGACAGGCAGGACGAAUUGUGUUGUUACGUUAGCAGGGUUGAAGACAAGAGCGUAGCGAUGCAGAACGGGAUCAUUAAGGGUGACGAGAUCAUGGUGAUUAACGGUGCUAUAGUAAGCGACCUAGACAUGAUGUACUUGGAGAGUGUAUUGCAAGAAGAGGUCGGUCUAUGUAUGAUGAUGAGAUCCUCGCGUACCGAACCACCGGAUCUCACAGGCAUCAUGAGAGUUACCGAUGACAUAAUCGAGAGCUUGGUCUGUCCACCACCGCCCUCCGAUCCACCGGUUAUAAGCGAAGAAAUGAUAUCUGGUUUAAUCGUUCCAGCUCCCGGAUGGAGCAAGGAGAGUAUCGCGCAAGAAUGUACGUCCACUUCUCACAUAGAAAAUGGCAAACAAACGUCUCGCACAAAUUCAUUCGAAAUUGAAAAUUUGCUGAAAACCGCCGAACAAGUGACGGGAAUAUGCCGGUCGCCUGGUGAAACAAGGAAAUCAAGUCCCACUGGAAGUGUCGUUAGCUCUCAUUCCCAAGCGCUAACGCCCAGUCGGCAAUUAAGCGAUGCAGAGAAAUUGAAGAAAGUUAUUCUAGAAUUGAUCGAGACUGAACGUACUUACGUCAAGAAUUUAAAUAAUUUGCUGGAAAACUACUUAGAGCCCCUUAAACGCGAAACCUUCCUAUCGAAUGCAGAGAUAAAUGCGUUGUUUGGGAAUAUACAGGAAAUCGUUACGUUUCAACGACAAUUUCUACAGAAUCUUGACCAUGCGAUCGAGAUGGAAGCUGAUUUCAAUAAUUUCGACCAUCCUAGUCAAUUUAAGGGUGUUCUGUUUUCCAUUGGAAGUGCCUUCUUGUAUUACGUAAAUCAUUUCAAGUUGUACAGCUCGUUUUGUGCUAGUCACUCAAAGGCGCAAAAAGUUUUACAUCCAAACGAAGGAAAUCAAGCUUUACAAGAGUUCCUGCAAGCGAGAAAUCCAAGGCAGCAGCACUCGUCAACGUUAGAAUCGUACUUGAUAAAACCUAUUCAAAGAAUAUUGAAAUAUCCUUUGCUGCUGCAACAGCUUCGAAAUCUCACCGACGAGCGAAGCGAAGAACACCAGCACUUGAUCGAAGCUUUAAAAGGUAUGGAGAAAGUAGCGGAGCACAUAAACGAGAUGCAAAGAAUUCACGAGGAAUACGGUGCUAUUUUCGACCACUUGUUCAGGCAACAUCAAAAAUCCUGCAAACAGCCGAUCGAUCUAAGUCCGGGAGAUCUUCUAUAUUACGGAGGUGUCGAGUGGCUGAACAUUUCUGAUUUCCUCGGCAAAAUCAAGAAAGGACUGGAAUUACACGCGAUGUGUUUCGUUUUCAAGUCUGCAGUCGUAUUCUUGUGCAAGGAACGAUUAAGGCAGAAGAAAAAACUUAUGGGGGUAUCUACGAAAGCAAAUUCCAGCGAGAUAGAGAUUAUUCGCUAUCAAGUGUUGAUCCCUGUAACGGAAGUUCAAGUUAGAGCUAGUUCCGCCAAAGAUAUGGAAUCUCAUUUCCUAUGGGAAUUGAUCCACUUAAGAAGUCAAUUACAGAGAAGAUCGGAGAAAGUAUACGUGCUUUCCAACAGCACGACGGAAUUUAGAAAUGCAUUUUUGAGGACGAUUCGUCAAAUAAUUCGAGAAUCAGUUCGAAAUAUGAGUAUACCAUCGACGAAGCAGAACCUGAGUCAACCACCGAUGACGAUUUCACCACGGAUGUCAACCGGGCAUGUCGAGAAAUUCGAGAAACAGGCAGCGAACCAAGGACAGAACGGCAGCGGUAACGGUAGCUGCUCGACAACCACCACCAUCACCACAACCACCGCCUCCGGGACGCUGACGAAGAAAUCAGUUAAGCCGCAAUUGUUGCCGACUUCGCACAACAUCAAGCGAAGGUAUUGCCAAUCGAAGCAAGCGAUCGAGUACGAAAGUUCCGAAGACAAGGAUGGGGAAGACGUGGCAACAACCACGGUCAAUCAACAGCAGACCACAUUUCGUUCCAGAAGCAAGACUAUAAGCGACACGUCCGGCGAAGUAAAGGUUGAAAUGGAUUCGGGAACGAAAUCCGAGGGAGAAGAAGACUCGCAAGCUUUUUUAGGUGAGAAGAAGCCGUUUCAGGCGAGGCUAAUCCAGUCCUCCCAUCAGCCGGAAAAUUAUCAGCCGAUCAUGGUGAAAGAACUUGGUUCGCCGAUUUGGAAACCACGGGAAUUACCCUCGCUAGGGGAGUCCACGACAUUGCCACGUAAGGGUAAGUCGGCCAGCGAAUUUGGGGAUAUAAGCUCAUCUCAUAGCGCCUCCCGAAAGUCUCUGAUAGAAAUCAAUAAUUGUGCUCAACAAUCUAACUGUAAUAACCAUGUUUAAAUUAAAUAGAUGUUAACUGACUAACCAAGUAUCUCGAGUUAAGUUUAAAAGAAAGAAAAAAAAAGCCGUGAAAUAAACCAACUAACUAUUCGAUUAUCGUGUAAAGAUUAACGUGCGCGCAACCGCUUGCCGUCCACGCGGACGCAACACUUUUAACACACACCGUUUUAAUCCGCAUUUUCUCAUCCUCCGCUUUUUCUACUUUUCCCUCUCUC